AUGGCACCCAUUCUCACCUCCAAUCCCACCGUCACCAUCACACCCGAGCCCCUCACUCGCGUGAGCUUCGCGCCAUUCGGAACCGCCAUCACCUCGCCUCUGCCACGAGAAAUCAAUAUCCCGCCACAGGCAUCCUCACUACCGCCACACAUCCCAACGCCAGUGCUAGCCAACCAAAACUCUGCUCUCAAAUAUAGUCCCAUCUCUCCCCUGACAGAUGACUACGCCAAUGGCUGCCCCAGCGGGAAAUCAGCCUCCGCACGAAUGACCAUGUUCUGCUGCUUCCCUCGCAAGCUGCGCACUAUCAGCGCCAGCCAAAAACCAGACAACGAGGUCUUUGACGUCCGAAUUCUGGAACGCCAUCCUUUUACCAACCAGACGUUUAUUCCGACGGACCUGUCGAGCCAUGCAAAGGUGGGAGAUGGAGAGGAGGAGCCAAUUUUCUUGGUUAUCGUUGCGCCAACGCUUAAGGGCGAAGUUGCAACCGCUAAGAAUGCAGCUGGAGAGAUGAUCACGAUUCGUGACCCGCCCGACUUGAAGAAUGUGAGGGCUUUCAUUGCGCGUGGGGGUCAGGCGGUGACAUAUGGGGUUGGUACGUGGCAUGCGCCGAUGGUGGUGUUGGGCCCGCGGCGGGUGGACUUUGUUGUGGUGCAGCAUGUCAACGGGGUGGAUGAGGAGGAUUGUCAGGAGGCGGCCUUUGGGGAAGGGAUUGUGGUCAAUUUGGGAGCAAGAGGCCAAUAUGGUCGCCCUGAGAAAUCUCCUGCCCGGCUCUGGGCCAAGCUGUAG